AUGGCCACUCCCUGGACACCUAACCGAUAUCCAAAUGCUCGUCGGUCCGACCAUGUCGAUGUCUACAAGAGCGAGAAACAAGGCGAAGUUCGCGUUCCUGAUCCAUAUCAAUGGCUCGAGCAACAGUCCCAGGAGACUGAUCAGUGGACUACGGCUCAAGAUCAAUUUACUAGAUCUCACUUAGAUAAAAAUCCUGCUCGAACCAAACUAGAGCAUGAGAUCAGGGCAAAUACUGACUAUGCUAAGUUUUCUGCACCGUCGCUCAAAUACGAUGGCCGUUGGUACUGGUACUAUAAUAGCGGUCUCCAGCCUCAGUCAGUGAUUUGUCGUUCCAAGGACGCCAAUCUCCCUGACGGGUCGGGGGAGGAGGGGCCUGGCGGAGAAGUUUACUUUGAUCCCAAUUUGUUGUCCACUGACGGCACUGCGGCCCUCUCUGUAACGGCAUUCUCUCGCUCUGGUGAAUAUUUCGCUUAUGGGAUCUCGUUGUCGGGAAGCGAUUUUUAUACAGUUUAUGUGCGCCGUACAAGCGAACCUUUCGCCGCGAUUGGUGGGCAACUUAACGACCACAAUGCAAAAAGGCUUGCGGAGGAGAUUCGUUUCGUGAAAUUCUCGUCCAUCACUUGGACUCAUGAUUCGAAAGGUUUUUUCUACCAGCGGUUUCCAAGCAGAGAGUCUCAUGGUCUGGCAACGGAGGACAAAGCUGGCACAGAAACCACAGAUGACAAGGAUGCUAUGCUCUACUACCACAGAAUCGGAACUCCACAAUCACAAGAUAUCCUAGUCAUGAAAGAUGCCGAACACCCCGAAUGGAUGUGGGGUGCCUCGGUUUCGGAGGUAGAUGGGAGAUAUCUGUUUCUUGAUAUCGUCCAAGACACUGGAAAGAAAAACAUGCUGUGGGUGGCCGAUUUGCAAGAAAAUGAAAUUGGCCAAAACAUGAAAUGGGACAAGAUUGUAAAUGAGUUCGAAUCGGAAUACACGGUCAUUGCGAAUGACGGGACUAAACUAUACCUGCGGACAAAUGAGAAUGCGCCUCAAUACCAGGUUAUCACUAUCGACCUCGCGGACCCAUCGCGCCAGCACAAGGUUCUCAUACCGGAAGUCAAAGAUGCAUACUUAGAUGACAUUACUGCCGUGGGAGAUGAUAAGCUGGCCGUUGUUUACAAACGCAAUGUCAUUGAUGAAUUAUAUCUCUACUCGAUGGAGGGCAAACAGCUUAUUCGGCUUGCUCCAGAUUUCGUUGGCGCCACAGAAGUCAACGGCCGCCGAGCACAGUCGCACUUUUUCGUGUUCCUGACUGGGUUUACCAAUCCUGGGAUUGUAGCACGAUACAAAUUCGAUGAACCAAGUGAAGACAAACGUUGGAGCAUAUACCGAUCAACAACAAUGAAGGGGCUGGUACCAGAUGAGUUCAGCGCUAAGCAAGUCUGGUAUGAGAGCAAGGAUGGUACGAAGGUGCCGAUGUUCAUCGUGAAGCACAAGUCAACAAAGUCCGAUGGAACUGCACCUGCUAUUCAAUACGGUUAUGGUGGAUUUAGUAUAUCACUUAGCCCCUCGUUCAGUCCCACCAUCCUGACUUUCAUCAAGGCAUACGGUGCUGUAUAUGCUUUGCCCAAUAUUCGCGGAGGAGGCGAGUUUGGCGAGGAAUGGCAUCUUGCUGGCACAAAAGAACGGAAGAUCAACGUCUUCGAUGACUUCAUUGCUGCUACUAAAUAUCUUGUUAAAAGCAAGAUCGCUGCUCCCGGUAAGGUUGCCAUCAAUGCCAUGAUUCCAGGAUUGCUCGUGGCCGCUUGCAUGAACAUCGCCCCAGAGGGCACAUUCGGGGCGGGCGUGGCCGAAGUUGGUGUGCUUGACCUCCUGAAGUUUGCUGAUUUCACGAUCGGCAAAGCGUGGACGUCUGACUACGGAAAUCCACAUGACCCGCACGACUUUGAUUUCAUCUAUCCCAUUUCACCCCUCCAUAAUGUCCCAACGGGCAAGAGCCUGCCUCCGUUGUUGCUUAUGACCGCCGAUCAUGAUGACCGAGUUGUCCCCCUUCACUCGUUCAAACAUGCUGCGACGUUGCAACACACACUUGCCCAUAACCCUCAUCCCCUUCUUAUUCGCAUCGACAAAAAAGCGGGACACGGCGCAGGUAAGGCUACUGAGAAGAGAAUCCAAGAUGCGGCAGACAAGUGGGGUUUCGUGGCCCAGUCUCUUGGGCUAGAGUGGCAAGAUUGAUCCUGUCCAGCAAGGGCAAUGGUGUAGUACAUGGCGAUGCGCUCAUAUAUACCUAUACACCAUAUUAUCAGGAAACCGAAAUUGAUUUUUACGUAUGCAGUAUUCGGUACUGCUAUCAACUCCGUGAUGAAUAGUCUCUUACUUGGACGAUCUGCGCCGGAAUAAAUUUCGCUGAUGUUGUAGUCCUGGACAACCUUGUGAAAAAAAAGCAGUUAUAAAAUCUGCAAUAAGCGCCGCAACCUUCUCAUGCUGACAUUUAAAUGUUUGGAACGUAAUGCCAUCGUG